ACCUAUAGGUUGAGUGAAAAAAUUCAAUUUGAUUUCAUAAUGUUGCUAUUAUGAUAUAUCUUUAAUUAAAAUAUGGGCAAUUAAAUAUGUUAAUAUUCAUAUGCCUGUACACAAGUAUAGAAUAAUUUGACCUUACAUAUGAAUCUCUUUUACUGGGAUUCUGCUUUGUCUGUCAUUGGUUUUCAAUUAUUCAAAUUGUCGAAAUAAAAUUUUUAAAUAUAAAACUUUAAUAUAUAUAUUAUAUAUAUUAAAGGGGCAGCUUCUUACCCCUGGUAGGGGCGGCCAACUUACCACUCUUAAUAUUUGACAUUUUGUGAUAUAACAACUAAAUUAGAAAAUGUUUCUGUUUAUUUCCUGUAAUAACACAUUGGCAGAUGCAUCAUCAUCCAGCACAUGCUAAACUUGUAUCUAAAUAUGUUACAGUUUAAAAGUAAAUCCACAUUGUUCUUAAGGGGGGCAUCUUCCCCCAUGUUACCCUAAUGUUCUAAUGAUGAUAAGGUAGACGGUAACUCAGCUGUUAUAUCGCGGGCAGACUGCAGAUGGCAGCAUAUUCAACACUUGUAACACUUUGAUAGCAGAUUUGAAAUGAUUUGACAUGAAAUGCUUGAUGAGUUUCAUAUUUAAUAUAUGAUUUACUUAAAUUAUUUUGGGGCUUAAACUGACCCCGACCAGUGUACGUCUCUGUGAUAUUUCAAAACACUCACAAAAAGACACAAUUACUUUGACAUAAGCCUCUUUUGAUGGGACACUCACACACUCUCAGAUAAGUCUUGUUCCGUGACUGCGACGGCUGUGAAUUUCCUCAAAGCAAACCUAUAAACAAACAUCAAACACCAGGAUAACUGAUGACGAGUGCUGGGAGAUUUUCUGGCAUAUUUUAUCGACAGAUAUUUGUUCCAUCGUGUGUGUAUGUGUGUCUCGGAGGGAUUUCCCGUAUGUUGGAUGUUUAUUCUUGCGGUUCUGUCGUGUUUCUCUGAAGUCUUCAGCUCUUAAUGCUGCUGGAGAAAAAGACUCUUCCACGUAACGCCCCUCCCAUCUCUCCACCUAGCGCACUUUACAUUAUUUAAGAAUAGAAACACCUUCCUCUGACAUGACUUGAGAAGUAUCGGCUUUGUAAGUGAGUCAAGCUGUCUGCAUUCUCUAAGACAUGAACUUAGAUGGGGACUGCAGCAUGUCAGUCAGUUGUGGGAAUGGCAAACUUAGACAGUGGCUCAUCGAUCAGAUUGACAGCGGGGAGUAUCCCGGCUUGGUUUGGGAAAAUGACGAGAAAACCAUUUUCAGGAUUCCCUGGAAACACGCGGGGAAACAGGACUACAACCGCGAUGAGGACGCGGCGCUCUUCAAGGCUUGGGCCCUGUUCAAAGGCAAAUACAGGGAAGGCUUGGACAAACCAGACCCUCCAACGUGGAAGACGAGACUCCGCUGUGCCCUGAACAAAAGUAAUGACUUCGAUGAACUGGUGGAGCGAAGCCAGUUGGACAUAUCGGAUCCUUACAAGGUCUACAGGAUAAUUCCAGAAGGAGCAAAGAGAGGCUCUAAGGCCAGUAGUAUGGAGGACAACACAACGCAUGUGACUCCUAUUAGUUAUCCCAUGCAUUCUCCUUAUCCACCUCUACAGCCUCAGAUGCCGGGAUAUAUGCACCCCCAGGAGAGACGUGAUUGGAGAGAAUAUAGUUCAGACCAGCCUCAUGCCCAAACGCCUCAUGCGGAGUUACCAUACGGCCAGUGUCCGUAUCCACCAACGCGCUCUUUACCCUGGCAUGCAUCGCCCUGUGACAACGGAUACCAGAUAUCUGGCUCCUUCUACACCUACUCACCUACAGAAACCCAUCCAGUGGCAAUGGACCCCAAUAUGAGAUCCGCUGAAGCCAUGGCCAUUUCAGACUGUCGUCUGCACGUCUCCCUGUACUACCGUGAGUCACUUGUUAAGGAAGUCACCACCAACAGCCCUGAAGGCUGUCGAAUCUCCUCCUCUCCGUCCCCGGGAUCCCCUUCAUCCCCUUCUUCUCCUUGCCCAGAGGAAAGGCUCUAUGGUGGGGCAGAGCCCGUGCUCUUUCCCUUCCCAUACCCCCAGUCCCAGCGGCGUGGGGCUGAGAAGCUGCCCAACAUCUUGGAGCGUGGCGUUCUGUUGUGGUUGGCACCGGACGGGCUGUACGCCAAGCGGCUGUGCCAAGGCAGAGUGUAUUGGGAAGGUCCGCUGGCACCGUAUGCAGACAAGCCAAACAAGCUGGAGAAAGAGCAGACCUGCAAGCUGAUGGACACACAGCAGUUCCUCUCAGAAUUGCAGGGUUUCAUUCACCAUGGCCGCCCCAUGCCACGCUCUCAGGUGGUGCUGUGCUUUGGAGACGAGUUCCCAGACCCUCAGCGGCAGAGCAAAAUGAUCACAGCUCAGGUGGAGCCAAUGUUUGCCAGACAGCUCCUGUAUUUUGCAGGCCAGACCAAUGGUCACUACUUGCGCGGAUAUGAGCUUCAGAGUCAAGGUGCUUUACCUGUAGAAGAGUAUCAGAGAAGCAUCCAACACUUGCAAGAGUAACCGUCACAUAAAACAGCUCAUGUCUCCAGAGCCAACAAAGAUUAAUGAAACCAAAUGGAGGAUCAUUAACAUGGUAAUGAAGACUUGAAAUCAUAUUGCGUUUGCCUAACCAAGUGCCCGCUUUCACAUCCCAAAAGCUACAAUGCGCAUCUAAACAUGUUUUGAAACAGCUCUUCGGACACAAUGACCAUACAGUAAUUUUCUAUGAAAUUGUUCUUGAUGAUCAAAGUUUCUGGUGAAUUAUGUCUCAAUAUACUGUGAGGUCGAGAAGUCUGAGAACACAUAGAAUAUCUGAGAUUCUUUUCUUAGCUUUAGGAUUUUGAAAAGUGUAAAACAAAGUCAGGUUAUGACGUUAUAUAUAUGGUAGAUAAUAGUACAUAUAUGUCAUGGAUCAUGUGAUUCUUUAUACAGACGGUCAGAUUUUUAUGUUCAUAAGAUGAUCAUCAGGUUUUGUUCAUGUCAGCUGUCAUGAAAGCAAACAAACAAAUGCUAAAACAAGUUCAACUUUUCACUCAAAUUGUCAUGCUGAUAAUAUCAUUUGUAAUGAAAUGUUGUAUUAAAUUAGAAAAGAAUGCAAAGAUGAAGCUAGUUUUAGUGGACUCAGACUUUUGGACCCCUCUGGACUUCUAAAUAUUGCAUAUGGACAUUUCUGAAAGAAGCUAACAACUAAAAUUAAAAGUAACAACUACAAAUGUAACUAUUUUCUCACAAAAUAUAGUAAUAAUUGUUUGUUAGUGGGCCAAAUAUUUUUUGAUCAAUUGCUUGUAUAUUUGCAUAGAUUUUCUUUUUCCAGUCUGUAUUCCUCUGCCUUUAUAACACAAUUCUUUAUUUUUAUCAUUGUUUUUAACUCGGCGACAUGUGAGUAUUUAUAUUGCAUGCAUGUAGGUGUCUAUAUGCAAAGCCGAAUGUACUGUAUAGGUGUAUAGAUAUCUUGAAUGUAAUCAAAAGUAAUUAUUUCUCUGAAUGGCAUCUGACAAGAAGUUAUAUAAUGCUAAAUACUAAGAAACAGUUUGUGGUUGUGUGUGUGUGUGUGUGUGUGUGUGUGUGUGUGUGUGUGUGUAUGAUUGUUAUCUGCCUAUGAGUAAAGAUCUAAGUUGCAAAUGUUAUCAUAAAAUCUGUUUCUCCCCAGUGUGUGUGUGUGUGUGUGUGUGUGUGUCUCUCACGAGAGCAGGUAACUGCCCACAUAACUGUGAUGAUGUCAGAUGUGUGAAUGAAAGUGGCAUGAAGAGAAAGAUCUUUUAAAUUUUCUUGUUUCCAGCUGUUUUCAUUGUCUCUUUGUUGUUGUUUUGUCUAUUUUAUUUCAAAUCUGGAUGUUUUUUUUUAAGUCAAAUAAACAUAUUUUCCUAUUA